AUGCUGUCCGAGCCGUCCCCGGAAGGGCUGUUGACUGGCUCUUGGCUAGAUGCUAGCUUCCCCGUUCCUCGAUGGCAGAUGGCACUUCAUCUUCAGGGAUUUGCCUAUGAACAGUCCAGCAGGAGAGCCCAGGCCGAAGAGAUAUCGAAUCGCCGUCAACGACACCAACCAAACCCCCGUCCGUUUUCCGAUCGAUCCCCAAACAUCCCGUCCACUGCCGCCCCCGUCAGGUAUCCGUACCUACGCUACAAAAAAAAAUCCCUGACCUGGAACUGUCCACCCUCGCUCUCGGAACUCGGAGCUGCUUCGCCUGACGCUGACGCACCCGACCCUGCCGACACACUUCGACCAUCCCGUUGCGCGUCCCACUGCCGCUCCCGCUCCCGCUACCGCUGCCGCUACCUGCCGUACGGAGUAUCCGUCGGCCGCAACCACCACACGCGCGCAACCUCCACGACCCACGACCCACGACCCACGGCCUGGCCCACGCAGCAGGCUAGAUAG